CUUCAGACUGUAGACAUUUUCGACAGUCUUAUACGUCCAGCUUACGUCUCAGUCUGACACUGUCAGUCUCACGCAGAGAAAGGUUUCACGUCUGUGACAGUAUAUUUAGUAGUGGGCCUGCCGUGCCUACUAUUUGUUUGUCAACUUUAUCCGGAAUAACUAUGGUUAUAACAAACGAGGAACAUGAAAAGGCCAAAUUGGCCGCUGAACGUGAUCCUAAAUUGACAUCUUUAUUCCAAUUAAGAAACACGACCAACCAUUACCUUAUUCAGUGCUUGGCUGACAGAGAAAUACAAAAAGUUGUUUGGAACGGUCGUAAUAACUUGAAUACGCUCGCGGUUGAGCAUCUGAAAUCCAAGGCGUAUCAGUACAACUGCAGAAUUAUUCACUCUCCCCAUAAUUACGCAAAGGUAGCAGCAAUCGACGGACUCGGUUGGGAAUCGAACACUUCCAAACCAUGCGGAAAGUUUCGUUCAUCCAGAGACGAUACCUUAUUAGAAGAAUAUCUGUUGAGUGAUGAUUCCAAAAGGUUCAAUCGUUUUAAACAAGAAUCCGCUUCUGACAAGAUUGAACGGUUGCAGCAACUUCUUAAGGAAAAAGAAAUAAUUAUUGAGCGACUGAUAACAUCCAAGAAACAUCUCCGAAAUCAUGUCCGCAAAUCCGGUGCAUUCGAGAAAGAUUGGCAAUGCUGAUUGAAAAAAAAUAUCAUUUCUUAUUUUUUUUAAACUUGGAUUGAAGACCGCGGCGCAUUAUUUUAAAAACAACUUAACAAACUAAACAAUUUAACAACUUAUACGAUUUUUCAAUUUAUAUGUGUGAAUUAAGAAUCUACGAUAAUCACUGAACUAAU